GUGGGCGUGGCUCAGGAAAGAUGGCGGCGCCCGCACCUGCGGCUGAGCCCCAAGCCUCCGGGGCUCCCCAGCUCCCCGUGUGUCUCUUGGUGUUGGGAAUGGCGGGAUCCGGGAAAACUACCUUUGUACAGAGGCUCACAGGACACCUCCACAGCAAAGGCUCCCCGCCUUACGUCAUCAACCUGGACCCAGCUGUGCAUGAAGUCCCCUUUCCCGCCAAUAUUGAUAUCCGUGACACCGUGAAGUAUAAAGAAGUCAUGAAGCAAUAUGGACUCGGGCCAAAUGGUGGCAUAGUGACCUCACUCAAUCUCUUUGCUACCAGAUUUGAUCAGGUGAUGAAAUUUAUCGAGAAGGCCCAGAACACAUUCAAGUAUGUCUUGAUUGACACACCCGGACAGAUUGAAGUUUUCACCUGGUCAGCUUCUGGGACAAUCAUCACCGAGGCCCUGGCAUCCUCAUUUCCCACAGUCGUCAUCUACGUCAUGGACACAUCACGAAGUACCAACCCAGUGACCUUCAUGUCCAAUAUGCUGUAUGCCUGCAGCAUCUUGUAUAAAACCAAGCUGCCUUUCAUUGUGGUCAUGAACAAAACCGACAUCAUUGACCACAGCUUUGCAGUGGAGUGGAUGCAGGAUUUUGAGACUUUCCAAGAUGCCUUGAACCAAGAGACUACCUACGUCAGCAACCUGACUCGUUCCAUGAGCCUGGUGUUAGAUGAGUUUUACAGCUCGCUCAGGGUGGUGGGUGUCUCUGCUGUGGCGGGCACCGGCUUCGAUGAGCUCUGUGUUCAAGUCACCAGUGCUGCAGAAGAGUACGAAAGGGAAUAUCGGCCUGAAUAUGAGCGCCUGAAGAAAUCACUGGCGAGUGCCCAGAGUGAUCAGCAGAAGGAGCAGCUGGAGCGUCUUCGGAAGGAUAUGGGCUCCAUAGCCCUGGACACAGGCGCUGGCAAAGACAGCCUUUCUCCUGCACUGGACCCUUCUGACUUGAUCCUGACGCGAGGAACCUUGGAUGAAGAGGAUGAGGAAGCCGAGAGUGACACUGAUGACAUUGACCACAGAGUUACAGAGGAAAGCCGCGAAGAGCCAGCCUUUCAGAACUUCAUGCAAGAAUCAGUGGCACAACACUGGAAGAGAAACAAAUAGACCAUCCACUUGUUGCUGGAAGUCGGACAUACUGGGUCUCCACUCAGAGAAGCCCUUCCUGUGAGUCGGGGCUGCAGUCAAGAGCAGGAUAGUAGCUUCUUUGAGGGUUCCAGAUUUAGAUGAAGUCGAUGAAGGUGGAGCUGGCAGGUGGGUGCCCGUCCUUGGUUAGCUUCUCCUGGUAUUUAUGCAAGGACGUGCCUUUUCACCGCUCUGGAAGCUGAUAACCGUUCAGCCUGAGACUUGAAGCUGCAUCGUUUGAACUCAAGUCUUUUGCUGCUGAUUGGAGACAACUUUGGAUCUUGACUAGGCUGGAUCUGUGGCCUUGGCUCUUUAGCGCUGAGCUCUUGACUCUGCACCUCAAGUUGCUGCUCUUUAAGCAGAAUGGGAGGGGAGAGUGAGCUUGAACUGAGGGACAGUGCAUUGCCCUUGGCAGCCACGAGGUAACACGUCAUAAAGAAUCCUGUUUGAAUGGUGACUUGGAUAAAGUUUUCAACUUUAA